UUCCGUAGCAGCUGUACGUGUGCAAAUCAUUCCAUUCUCAAAACCCCAAAACUACAGCACUUAUUUCAGAUUUAGUUUAAAGUAGUUUAAAUUAAAAAUGUGCGUUCUUUCUUAACGAACAUGAGUCUACUAACGUUUUGAGACAGUAACCGAUAGCGUUUAACGUUAGUUCGGUAAAUGAUGGCAUUACUGUAUGGUGUGGUGAGUGGUGUCCUUCUCACUGCUGUUGUAUUAAUAAUAGUGUUUAUUUUACGAUUAUUUGGGAUUUUGCGACAUGGAUCGGAAUAUAAACCAGGACAGAAGGGUUCUGUGUCAGUUCUGGUGGUGGCUGGAUCAGGAGGACACACAUCAGAAGUCAUCCGUCUGUUGGGGAGUUUAUCUCAGUCGUAUAACCCUCGACAUUAUGUGAUCGCAGACACCGACAAAAUGAGUGAAGAGAAGAUCCGAACUUUUGAAGCAGAGCGGAAGAAAAGUGAUUCAACCUCUCAGUUCACUGUCCACUGGAUUCCUCGCAGUCGGGAGGUUCGUCAGUCAUGGAGUUCCUCCGUUCUGAGCUCCCUGAACGCUCUGAUGUCAUCCGUACCGUUGGUCUUUAGGCUUCAGCCGGAUAUGGUGCUGUGUAACGGUCCUGGGACGUGUGUCCCACUGUGUGCCGCUGGGCUGCUCCUGGGCGUCCUGGGCCUGAAAAGAGUCCUGAUCGUCUAUGUGGAGAGCAUCUGUCGCGUGGAGACACUCUCUCUAUCUGGGAAGAUCGUCUACUACCUUUCUGACUACUUCUUUGUACAGUGGGCACCACUGAAAGACAAAUACCCGAAGUCCAUCUACCUAGGGAGAUUGGUGUGAGGAGAACAUUUACAGAAAACCUCGUUUUCUUUUUGCAAGAUAUAUCGGUUUUGAAUUCAUCUGAGAAUCACAUGCGUUUUGAUACUGUUCGGUGAAGCUGAUGCAAAUCAUUCCAAUGCAGUUACUGAUGUGCUGAACACACAACUACGACAACCGCAUCAGUGUUUUCUGUUGUUUUUUAAUGCCAAACAGUCACAAUGGGCUGAUGAAAUAUCCUACAUCACACCUUUUCUACCUUUUACGCCCUUGAAAAGUCAACCAAACGAAACCUACAUGUGCAGGUGCUUCUAAUUCCAUUCAUAGUUUCAGCAUUUUCCAACCCUGCACGAAAAAGAUAAUAAUUGGCUUGGGUUUGAGCCUUUCAAAGGUUUGACUUGUUUAGGUUGUCAUACCUCAUGUGUAUGUACUGUAUAUACAUUUUUUUGUAAUAUUGUAUUUGCGAAAUAUUGUCCAGCUCACUACUUUAUUCAGCAGUACUUCAUUGUUGAUCUCUUCCUGUGCUGGCGUGUGGCUGGUUUUAGCGGAAAUGGUGUGAGUUAAAGACUAAACAUUUAGAAGAGAUGGAAAAACUGAUUUUAUUUAAUGCUCUGUAAUUUCCUGUUACUCUUUGUGGCUCUCUUAUACCUGUUGCAGGAGGUAGAACAUACCCUGAUGGUUUCUUUUGUUUGCCAGGACAAGUUCAUGCAGGUAACUUAGUCAUUUACUUCUCAGCAUAGAGAUCCUCGACUGUGACGAUUCUGAACAUCUGUGAAUGGAUGAUCCAAUCAGACAUGUCUGUCGGGUAUGUGAUGUAAUGUAUAAUUUGGUUAUGAGCAUGGAUGGAUGGGUGCAGAAAUUAAAAUUACAUUUAUUUUGUCCACAGAGAAAUAGGUUAAGUACAUUUUUGGAGAGGGGGUACAGACCAAAUGCCAACAGUAAAAGUGAUUUAGUUUAAAAGAAACAUAAAAGACUAUAUUGUAAAUUUAGAACUAAUACAGAUUGAGUUUGAAAUCCUAAUCUUUAUUAAAAAAAAAAUAUAUAUAUAAUAAAUUAAAAAAAAACAUUUAACAUGCUCAUAUGCAUUCUGUGCAUCUUAUCGCCUGGAUUUGCAGACAGUAAUGUGCUGACUAACCUAGUCAUAUAUUACAGACUCUUAUCAAGAAAGACCUGAUAGGAACUGUUUUAUUUCUCAUUGACUGACUGGUUAGUAUACAUAAUAAAGCUGCUCUUAUCAAUAUCUUUCCCAGUUGACCAUGCAGAAUGUCCCCUCAGUUUCGCUCUUUAUUCUAUGUUGGAAUUGAUUUCAAUUGGCAACAGGCCUUCAAUGUCUGAUAAAAUGCAUCAAAUUGUCAGGGACAACACCUCCAAACAGGCAGCUAUUCUGCUUAAUCUUAAAUAUGUAAGUGAUUAGAAAUAUUCACAAAUAGAAAGCAACCUUAGAAAAAAAUGUUGUCAUGUUUUCUUUAUUCAGCACAGGUUACGUGACAGCAAAAGAUACUGAUCUCCUUUGAAAAACCACCUCCAUGAUAUUGUUUUUUCCCCAUGUUUUCACUUCAACCUUUCAGACAAAAACAAACCCUGACAUUAGAGCUCCGCUCACAUCAUGCUCAAAGCGUCAACUGGUUAUUUAAAGCUACUAGAUGACACGGAAAAUGAUAAUGCAGAAAUUGGAUCCAUAUAGAGCCUGUAUGUGUCUGUUGUGUGUUUGAUUCCUGGUUAUGAAUUGUUGUUACUGCCUUUUUUUAAUAUCAAAACUGGUUUAUUCCCUUCAGGAAAUAAUAAUGAUAACAAUGCUUUACACAAACCACAACCAUUUUUUAGUGUCAAAACUGUGUACCAUAGUUACAGGGCAAGACUGGUGUCUUAAUUUUUUUUUUUUUUUUUUUUUAAUUUUUCAUUGUUAUCUAGAAAGCACUUGAUCAGCUUCUGUUGUUGUUAAUAAAUUUGCCCUAUGUUGUAAUACAAUA